AUAGAGCAGUUAAAAGUGUAUUCAUUCUCUAAUUGUUGACUCGAUGAUUUGCUUAUUCAAAUAGAAAGAUAUACAUUUCCGCUAUUUAUGUUAAAAAGAUCUCAUAAUUUUUUUUACUGACGUAAAUUUACAGUUUUGGGUAAAGCACCCAGUUUUUAAUCAGGUGUAUGGUUGCAGUCUCUGGAAAUUGCCUUAUAAGAAUAUCAAGCUUCUUGCGAUUAAGACAAUCUUAGAAUGACUGUCUUUACUUGAUAUUGGCGUUACUAACUACUUUUGGAUUUUUGAGAUUAACAUCUAUAUCUAUUUUUGCUGUUUAAACUAUACUGUACUUAAAAUACAAUGUAUACUUGCGAUAAAUGCAGCAAGAAAUUCAGAAACCGCAAAAAUUUAAAUAAGCACCUAAAAGAAAAUCAUAAAGCAGAAGCUUCAUUAACCUCUCACGAUAUGGCAAUAAUUAAGAAGAAAUCAGAUAUUUCACUUAAACUGAUUCCGGAUAAUGUUGAAAAUGUAAAUACUAUAGAGAUUGGCAAACCAAAAAUAUGUGAAGAUUUAAGUAACAUGAAAAAACUUUCAAAAAAUUUGAAAACUGAAAAGAGCGAACGAUAUUCCAAUGAGAUGACAGCUAAAGAGGAUUCGUCUUAUAGAAAUGUAGAAAUGAUUGAGACUAAUAAAGAGAAAGACAAAGAUCACAAAUCUGGAAUUAAGACCAGGCUUAGAAAUUAUCAAUGUACUGAAAAAAAGAAGUCUGAGGGCAAAAGUAAAAGUACUAAAAGUUUCGUAUGUAAAUUUUGUAGCCGUAGUUUUAUUACUAAAUACAGGUUACGAAAGCAUUUGCAACAGUCCCACAAAAAAGAAAGUGUCAAAUUACAAAAUCAAAAAGAUACUUCCAUUAUGGUUGAACAUUCGACAAAGAUUUCAGGAAAGAGAAUCCACCAAUGUCAGUUUUGCAAAAAGCAGUUUUCUGAGAAAUUUACUUUAGCAUAUCAUGUUGAUAAGUUACACCAGAGGGAUAAAUCUAUAACUUUCCAUAGGGAGCGCCUUAAUAAUGCCAAAUUGUCUUCUCAGUAUAAUGUCAAUUCAAAACAUUUAUUAACAACAAAAGCUGAACAAAAGUGUUCUCGCGAGGAAAGUUCAGAGGAUUUGGAUGUCUGUAAUUCGGCACUAAACUUUCGUAAAAGAAGUUCAGAAUAUAUGAUUGUGAAUAAUUCUGAAGUGAACUCUAAUAAGGACAGCUCAGAAAAUUUGAAUGAAAAUUCUGUAGUAAACUCUUAUAAGAACAACUCAGAAGAUUUGCUGUUGGAUAAUGCUGAGGUCUAUUCUUGCAUAGAUAACUCAAAAGAUUUUUUGUUAAAUGAUAAUGAUUCUUCAUCAAGCGAUGAGGAAAAGGAUUAUGUAACAGCGAAUUUCGUUGUUAAUAAGAAAGUUUUGGCAAAUAUGACUGAGUUAGAAAAAGAUCUGAUAAGGCAGUAUGGUGGAUCCUCUACUGAAAAAAAGACAAAGAAAAGAAAACGAAAAAUAAGGAAAAGAAUUAACACGGUCGUUGCAGUUGAAAGACGUAAAGCCAUAGAACAUCCUGAUGUCAUAAUUUUACUACUUUUUUGUCAUUACAGAAAUGAUGCAAGUAGUCCUUUACAGAAAUUGAAAGCAACGCCUGAAUGCGAUGACGACAAAUCCUCUAUUAAAGCUAUACUGCUAAUGAAAAUGUUGCCGCAAACGAAGGGAGACAAAAUUUUAGGAGCUCCUAUCUUACGUGUAGAAAAGCUCAUUGACUACAAAAUAAGAAUAGCGAUUGAAGCAGGUAAUAAUAUAGUUCUGAAUGAGCUAUCACGCAUUGAGAUUUAUGCCACCACAGCGAAUAUCGACGGAGAAUGGGUUCUUAUAGCUGAACUGUCUACACACAAGCCUCCUCUGAUUAUACAUGUUAUACAAACGAUUAAAACUCGUUAUUUUUUCUCUGUAAGAGGCAUUGGUUAUAAUGGGUACUAUACGAUUUUCAGUAUCCCUGCAACCUGGUAAAUGUUUAUAAUGCAUAAACAAAUUUUUUGUACAAAAUA